AGCAUUCGUCCUUUUCCUUUUCCCGCGCUUUAAACACACUCCUAUUUACUUAAUCUCCCCCCCAUUAUUUCCAUAAAAAUUUUAUGCUUAUAUAUUAAUAUCACCACACUACCAAUCUCUAUCCUCGGCUCAAAGACUCUGAUUUGAAAGUGUUGUAGUCAAAGAUUUGCACCUGCUUUUCCAACCAAAAUCUCCUUUUGCUACUGCAAACAUUUUCUCUCCCAUUGUUAUUGGAUUUCAUCUAUUUUUGCUGUGAACACACAAGACUCUUAUGCUUCUUCAAACAAUAAAAUACUUGUCUUGAGAUGGAAACCAUGAAGCCCAAAUCAGCACUCAACAAUAGGAGCAAGAAACUGGCAAAGACGUUCCAGAAGGUGAUAAGCCUCCGAAGUGCAACGAAACUCGCAUCAAACAAUGGCAUUUGCAUGCUCAAUUCCCACCUCAAAGUCAAGGAGGACCUCUUCACCGAUCAGAACAACAAACCCCACCAAGGAAACAACAAGAAUAGAGCAGUUAUGGAGGCUCUAAUCGCGAGACUCUUCGCUGGCGUCACAACCAUCAAAGCAGCAUAUGCAGAACUCCAAAUGGCUCAGCACCCUUACAACAACGACUCCAUUCAAGCCGCGGAUCAAGCCGUGGUGGAUGAACUUCGAGCCAUUUCGGAGUUGAAACGCAGGUUCUUGAAGAAGGAGCUUGAUCUUUCACCUCAUGUUACUAUUAUGCUCGCGGAGAUUCAGGAACAACAAAGUCUCAUGAAAACCUACGAAAUCACCAUCAAGAGGCUCGAAGCCGAGGUUGAUUUUAAGGACAAUAACAUCUCAUCGCUCAAGAAACACCUCGACGACUGUGUCAACUUCAACAAAUCCAUUGAAAAGAAACUCAACUCGAGUGGCUCAUUGUCGUUGUUUGAUAACCUCACACUUUCAUCGUUGAGUCCAACACAUUUUGUUCAUUUUCUUCACCACACUUUGAGAUCAGUCAGAAGCUUCUCCAAGGUUAUGAUGGCGGAAAUGGAAUCUGCUCAUUGGGAUCUCGAAGCAGCGGUUAAGUUCAUCCAUUCUAACGCGGUUUUCACCAAACCAACUCACCAAACCUUCGCGUUUGAAUCGUUUGUUUGCAUAACAAUGUUUGAAGGCUUCAACUACCCAAACUUCAACGUCGAAGAAGACAAAAUCCUACACAAACAAGGAGCACAAAGCCUCUACUUUGACAAAUUCAAAAAGCUCAAAUCUUUGAAUCCAAAACAGUACUUAACCCACAACCCAAACUCUUCCUUCUCCAAGUUCCUAAAAUCCAAGUACCUUCAAGUGGUGCACGCCAAAAUGGAGUGUUCCUUCUUCGGCAACUUGAACCAGAGGAAGGUGGUGAACUCUGGAGGGUACCCAGAAUCUUCUUUCUUCGUCGCGUUUGCAGAGAUGGCAAAGCGCGUUUGGACCCUGCAUUGUUUGGCGUUGUCGUUUCAGGAUGAUGAUGUCACUGUCUUUCAAAUCAAGAAGAACACGAGGUUCUCUGAGGUGUACAUGGAGAGUGUCACCGAAGAACCCGUUUCGCAUUCAGGGGAAUCCUCUGAUUCCAGCUCCGGCGAGCUUAGGGUGGGUUUCACGGUGGUGCCGGGUUUCAAAAUCGGUAAGACAGUGAUACAGAGUCAGGUUUACCUCUCUCUGGUGGGUUCUCCGGCUACUUCCUAAUACAUAGUAUUAUUAGUAUUAAUGACUGUAUUAGUAUAUCCCAUGUCAUGGUAAUAUUAUGAGUAUAAUACUCAUAAUGAGUUGUCAAGUAUACACAAUAAAUGUUUAGAAAAAUUUAUGAAAUAUAUAAUAUAUAAUAAGGAGGAUUAAAUGAAUACUUGACAACUCAUUUUCUGUAUUAUUACUUGGGGGGAAGGAUGGAUAUAUACCAAAGUAUUAAUUCAUAAUUCCUGUGUAAUUAGGCAUUUUUUGAAGUUGUUAUUGUACAUUUGGUCUCUAGACUAGGGAUGCUUCAGGUGCUCUGUUAGACUCUCUUCAUAGAAUUUGUAGUACUAUAACAUUUGGUAUAUACACCUUCUCAAUUUCUGUGUUUUUCUUCUGUUAUCAGCGAUGUCAACUGUAAAUUAUCUUGUGUGAUUGUAAUAGUAUAAUAAAUGAAGGAUAAGUCUCUUUCAGUUCAUUAUUACUUGGUUUAAUUUGCCAAGUAUAGGAAUAAGGAGUAAUGAUUCAAAGCAUAAUCAUUGGAAUGUUUU